AUGACCACCGUGGACGGUGACUUGGCCCUUCCCCAAAACGAUCUGACGGCAUCCUCAACUGCAUCCGGAAAAAGGAAACGUUCUGAAUCGGUCGACAUAGUUUCAUCAAGCACCACCAGACAAGAGUCAAAGCAAUUCAGUGGUUUUUCCCGUAGGCUGCAAAAUGCUUUGCCUCUACUCCGCAAAGCUGAUCAAGCACCUUCCAUCCUUCAUUAUUCUCUGACUUCCAAUGGAGAACGAAGUCCAAAGCGGCCGAAAUACUCAUCCGAAAAUGCGGAAGCCGAAACCAUAUCCUCGAGGAUCGAGUCAGGCUAUUAUCAUUCUCCUGAAAUACUACUAGCGGAUGUCGAGACUGCAGCGACCUCGCUGAUCGAGGGUUUGAAGUCUGGAGACCAUGCCCUCACAGAUUCAGACUUUACACGCAAAGCCGCCAACCAAGUCACCCUCUUCAAGCAAUCAUUAAGCAAAGUAUGCCGGCAUAUCGUCGAGGCAGAUGCGAAACCUAAGGAGGAAAAUGGCGUUGAUAAAACUCAUGUGCCGGGCCCUGCAGCAGAGAUUCCGAACCCUGCAGUCCUUACACUUACGAGUCAGACCGAUAGAGGCCCCAAACACCUGUACACUGGCUUGCAGAGGUACAGCACGGCUGUCCCAACAGACACGGAUAAAUCCAAUAGCAAUCAAUCAACGGAUCUUCUGAAUCUAAAACCUAGCAGUUUUCCAAACGGCAUUACCCUUACACAUAUACCGCCAUCCAAUAUCCCUUACCAAAGCAGCUCAGCAAAGCAGAAGCGAGUUUUCGGUGAGGUAUUUCGGCCACAUCGGUCACUCAAAGCCCUUGAGCCACCUCGCCCUUCCAGGAAUGCAACUCGGGGGUCAUCGUUAGGCUGGGUGAAUUAUGAGGAAAUCGCUGGAUCUGAAAGGCCCGCACCAGCGUAUAAGUCAGACUACAGAUACGCUUCUCUCCCGACAGGCUCGUGGCUCCACUACAAUAGUGUCGAAGCUGCUGCUGCUGCUGCAUUGACUCCCGACAGCAAGCGUCGGCAAAGGGAUCGAGCUUUGAGUUCCGGUGAGAGUCGUGGGCCUGACGGCGGAGACAUUGUGGAGCAAGAAGAGGCAAGGACCAAAGCUCUUUUUCAAUCUGCUUAUUCCACUUUUGCCCCUUCCGUAGACAACUCUGCUGCUGUUGUGCCUGAGAAAACCCGCAGCCAGACUUGGUGGAAGAAAGUCGGGCAAAAAAGGUUCGAGGCGAUGUUGGCAUUCCAAUAUCCUGAGUCAGGCCUUGAUGGGGGCGACUCUAUCUGGAACAAAAUAGACCCCGUAGAAGAUGACUUUGAAGGUGCAGUCGCUGACUUCGAUGGAGAUGCGCUACGGAACCCACUUGAAAACGAAAACAGCAAGGCGGAUUCUAAAGAUGUUGAUGAGGUUCUGCAAGAGAUAUCCGACCUACUUCAGACAUUGAGCUCGUACCAACGUAUUCGAAAUUUGUCGAAAAUGAACAGUGGUCCUGCCACUCCAACGUCCACCGAAACAGACGUCUACGAGAUCUUAAGGUCGAAUCUUGCAAUCCUAAUCAACUCGCUGCCACCCUACGCUGUGGCCAAACUUAGCGGUGAUCAGCUUGCAACACUCAACGUUAGCAGCGAUCUCAUACUUGAGGUGAAAGAUCAUGUUGGUACCAUGGAGCAGGAUGAGUACAGCAUGCAGCGACAACGAGCAGCAAUGCCAGCCACUCAUUCAGCAAGUGGGCGAAGCAGCGUGUCAGUGGGGCCCUCGGGCAGGCCAGGCAAUUAUAGUGCUCAGGCUGUGAACUACAAUCAACGAGUAAACUACUCAAACGGCCCUCGAACCCCAUACGUCAGCCAACCUCGACCUAUACCUGCCUACACCAAUACUGUCACGCCCCAAGCUCAAAACUAUUCAGCUGCCCGCCCUGCACAGACGCCUUCCCACCGAGCCAGUUUACCAACUCAGCAGCACCAUCAAGGUCAGACAUAUUCGCGUGCGCCGAGCGCAGCGCAAUUCCAGAGGCCUGCCAGUAGUCAACAGAAUGGAUAUGGACCCAGCUACGCGCAAACUGUCAAUUCUCAAGCAUAUGCUCAACAACGGCAGGCCCAGUCCACUUAUUCGUAUUCACUCAAUCAAGCGUCACACAAGCCCAGCCCAAGCCCGCAACCGGCUCCGCAUACCCAACAGUCUUAUAUACCGCCGCAGCAUUUACAGCAGAGCCAAGCUUCACCCUCCCUCCCUUACGCAGUCAACAACCAAGCAGUACUAACUGAGCAAGCGAGAAGUCAGCUACAGGCGCAGAGGCAGCUCAGUGGUACCCCACAAACCCCCAACAUCAAUGGCCAGUAUGCUCAGAUGGCACGUAGCUCAACACCAGGUGGGGGAACACAGAAUGGACGUCGGGUGGUCGCGGCGGGUGGUGGCGUGCAGUAA